CCGAUGCAUCAUCGUCACGGGGGUCGUCUCCUGCGUGCAGAUCUGUUUACAGCGUUGAGAGGUUCGUGAAGGAAUCCGGUGAUCCGUAAGUAGUAAAACUUAUCAGUGCCAAAUCCUGAAGACGAGUACGGAAGCCAGCUAGACAUCAAACAUGAGUUACCCGUACCCCACUGGUGGCAGUGGUAACCCCUACCCUCCUCAGCAAGACUACCCAGGCUACCCUCCCCAAGCAGGCAUCUACCCCAUGGGUGCAGUCUACACUGCAGCUCCUCUUGGAGGGCAGGCCCAAGCCCCUGGCUACUCUCCGUUAGCCCCGAGCCAAACCUACCCACAGUCGUCCGUCCCAGGCUACCCUAGCCAGCCAGGCUAUCAAAGCCAACCAGGCUACCCUAGCCAACCUGGCUACCCAAGCCAAGCGGGUUACCCUAGUCAAGGCGGCUACCCUAGUCAGGGCGGCUAUCCCCCUACGUCCUCUCCAGGAUAUCCGACAGCCAACCCUCCUCAGGGCUACCCCCAGUCUUCUAGUCCAGGGUACCCGGCGCCCAACCCCGGCCCGGGGUAUCCGCAGUCCAACGCUGCAUUUGGUUAUCCAUCUGCGGGGGCAGCGCCUCAGGUCUAUCCAAAUGUUUCUGGCCCGGGGUACCCAUCCGGGGAUGGGGGUGUGGCCUUCCAGCAGGUGACAUCAGCCACAAGCUACUCCAUGACUAACACCGCACCUCAGGGUUAUCCCAGUUCAGCGUACCCGACAGCUCAGUCAGCAGGAUAUCCGAAGGGAAGCGGUUAUUCUUCGGCCGGCGGCUUGAGUGCUUCGUCACCUUACUCCAAACCGAGAAUGGCAGAGAGUCAAGGUGCUCCGAGGAACAUGGCAAGCAUAAAACCAUACCCGGCGUUCAACCCGUCCGACGAUGCUCAAGUCCUCCGCAAGGCCAUGAAAGGCUUUGGUACCGACGAAGCGGCCAUCAUUGCAAUCCUGGGGGCGAGGACCAGCAGCCAGCGGCAGGCGAUUCUGACCACCUACAAGCAGAUGUUUGGGCGCGACCUCGUUAAGGACUUGAAGUCUGAGCUGUCCGGGAAGUUUGAGGACGUGAUAGUGGGGCUGAUGACUCCGCUGCACGAGUUCCUCGCCUCGGAGCUCAAGUGGGCCCUCAAGGGGGCCGGCACAGACGAGGACUGCCUCAUCGAGAUCCUCUGCACCCGCAGCAACGCCGAGAUCGCCGCCAUCAAGGCGGCCUACCAUGCCAAGUAUGGCAAGGAUCUUGAAAGCGCCAUUCGUGGCGACACCUCUGGAGAUUUCCAACGUAUCCUCGUCUCGAUGUGUACCUGUGCCCGACAGGAGGGAGCACCGCUGGAUCAAGCCAGGGCUGCACAAGACGCGCGUAGACUUUACGAUGCUGGCGUAGCGAAGAUGGGCACGGACGAGUCCACCUUCAACGCGAUUCUCGCCUCGCAAAGCUUCGACCAGCUGCGCCUAGUUUUCCGUGAAUAUGCACGCCUUGCUGACCAUGACAUUAUGGAUGCCAUCAAGAAAGAGAUGUCCGGAAACUUCAAGUCUGCCCUGCUCACCAUCGUGAAAUCUGUCUACAACACUGAGCUGUACUUUGCUGAGAAGCUUCAUAAUGCCAUGAAGGGCGCUGGCACAGACGACAAGACCCUGAUCCGUGUGAUUGUGAGCCGCUGCGAGAUUGACAUGGCCGUCAUUAAGCAGGAGUUUGCCCGGGCCUACGGCAAGAGCCUGGAGGAGGCCAUCAAGGGCGACACAUCUGGCGAUUAUCGAAAGGUCCUGAUUGCUCUCGUCUCUGGAAACUGAGCCUCGAGGGACUUUAACCGGAAACUGCUCUCACGACGUCUCGAUAAUGCAAAGUUGUUUAUCGCUGUUUUGUUUGUGGUGAUGGUAAAGCUUUAAAUGCCCUCUUAGCUGUCUUUUUUGUUGUUUGUUUUUGGGUCUGGCAGUUUGCAUUUAGGAUGUGCACAUCUACAACGGCAAUUUGUACUCAAUCUCACUUUUGAUUCCAGUUUUGUUUCUCUCUCCUCGCUUGUUACAAACGUAAAAGAAAUCUAAAAUUGUUAAGGGCGCCACGUUCUACUGCUUGAGGUUGCAACGAUACUUAACUUUUUUUAUGUCUAGAAGCAAGUUUGCCACAUUUCUAAAGGAACAAAAUGAUGCUUUAAAUGUAACCAGUACACUUCCUCUAGGGAGUGCACAUUGCUCAUGGAUAAAAUAAUAGUGUCAAAUUUUAUCUUAGAGGUCAAUUCAGGAGUCCAUGACUGUGUCGUUUGUGCACCGGUUGUGCUGCCAACGUAAAUCGCCAAAUGCAUUGGGACCAGGAUCCAGAAUUAAUUCAGCUGAUUGUCCACUGGUUGAUCAUUGUUAAGGUGGAUUAUCAGAUUCCUUGUUUUGCUUUGAGAUGUUCACAUUUCACAACUUUUGAAUGAGCCUAACAAUUCCUUCCAAUUUGGUUAUAUUAAGAAAAAAAAUUGAAUCUUAAUUUUGUGUAAUAUUUAACAUUCACUAAAGGAUAAAGGUUUGGGAAAAUCCAAAAAAUAUUUCUCAACAAAAGCUUUAUUCCAAUCUAAUCUUUUCAGUUUAAGGAAGUUGAAAGAGUCCCAUUAUAAGCGUCGAAGUCAUGGAAUUUUAAUUUCCCAUAAAGGUUUUGGGAAUUUAGAUGCCAAACAAACGACAGGGCAUCUGGCAAACCCCAGUGAAGAACUAAAGAUUUGAUAUUGCAGUCUUUUCCGCAAUGAGAAAAUUUCCUCUAGGUGUUGGAGACACCCUUUAUGUUCUCUUUUUUGUUUAGCAUGUUAUUGUUGUGACUUGAGCUUUAUAUAGAGUUUUUAUGCAGAUACUAUAUACACAAAUAUAUAUAUAUAUAUAAGUACAUGAGACAUUAUGCCAUGGUUAGACCUUGGUUGUCCGGUGCGCGGUGUGAAAUCCCGGUGAUUCUGUUGAAUCAGUUCUUGUGUGAGGCGUUUCCGAAACCCUCGCCCAAGCUAACACACCCUUUAUCUGUUUUAACGGUGCAGCGUUAUGUUGUGCUUCGUUAUUUUGUGCUUCGUGUAUCCGUGGUUCUGUUGUUCGAAUACUAUGUCUUUUCCUUUUCUGUUGCCGACCCUGUUGCAGAGAUAUAUAAAGAGAGAUCCCUAUCUCGGCUGAUUGCUGUAUCAUUUCUGAUAGUCAAGGCUCGCGUUAGUUGGUGGAAGUAAGCACUUUAUUCUCACACUCACUUUGCUUGCAUCACAAUUUAAGUUUUGUUUUCGCUUCGAAGCGCCUGUGCCUAGGGCUCGGAAGAACGGACCGCUCAUGCUUGGGAACGGGGCUUCACUGGAAGAGCACGCACUUCUAGAUGCUGCUUUCUUUAGCAUUCUAGCCGUUGUUCCGCGGGGCCCUAGGCACAGGCAAGUCCCAAGGACACUUGUCCACGGCGUCUCGAUACAGGUGAUAUUCGAACUCGCGAAACACUGACUGCGCGCACCACGUUCGAAUAGCAGUUCUAUUGUGAGGCCACGCGUGGCAACAAAGUCCCUUUGGGAUGGAACAAACAGCUCUGAUAGCAAGCACCAAAAGCGGAUACCGGCAGUCUGUAAGAGCCGUUCCCGAAAUAGGACGACCUGAGAGCGAUGAUGUCUAUCUGGCAGCAAAAAGUGGACCCGGACGUUGGGACUAAAAGAUUGGAAUGCGGGGGUGCAAUUCGACAAAGGCCGAUUUAGGAGAUUGGCAACUGUUUUGCCUCCCCACUGCCAACGUCCUCUUAGUAUUUCAGUGCACUGACAUCUGCACUCGCUUGCCUUUGUAGUGCAGGGCUUGAGAGCUCUAGUGCAUCUUAGGUUUAGUGCCUUUCAGAGCUCUAUUUUAAGCAAAACGCUAGCUGCGGAGAUUACUAGACCUGGCUUGCAAACAAGCUUCUCAGUGCGGAGUUUCUGGGACGUAGACGGAGGUAUCGGAAUGUGUCCGGUGUUGGCCCCUGGCCUGUGUAGCAACAAGCCUGUCGCUUUGUAGUUGUGUGGUAACAGUUGUGCUGUGUGCUUUAGACGUUCAGGCACAUUUGGUGAGAUAGCUAAGCUAGUCUGGUCACAACGGUGAAGGUGAAUGGAUCGGGGCAUGGUCGCGGUGUCUGCUCUUGGUGUGUUCGGUCAGUUUUGAAUUUAAUCAUUGAAGGAUGUUUUAUUGUCUUUUUUUCAGCAGUUCUGUUAAACAAAGGUUAUAUACAUCGAUGGUUUACUACAGUUGAGUUUGAAUAAUCUUGCGGUUUUAUCCAGUGAGGUAUGGAGGUGCUCGUAUACCUUUUUUAAACCACUUUACAGAUGACUAAUGUAGCCAAAUUAUGUUUUAUUGGCAACUUUUGUCUACAACUUCAUGAGCUAGUAAUUUACCUGUCGAUUUCAAAAUUUGUCAUUGAUUUUGCUUUGAACAAGGUUUCAUGAAGCAGGUGUCAGCAGAAUGUAUUUUUACAAAAAUAAUUAUGCAAAUCGAUGCAAAAAUGUCCACCUUUACAAAUUUACUACUGUUAUAGUGAUUUUGAGACACUGUCGUGCAUGUUCAUGAACUCCGAAAGCCAUUUUACCGUUUGUAUUUGCAUGUAAUUUUUGACUGUUUACCAGUGGUGUUUUUCUUUUGUCAGAACAUGGUACUACUAUUUUAGAGCUGUCUGUUGAUUGUAACCUACUAACACGCACAUUAAAGUAUAUUAACGCAAAGC